AGAGCAACUGCUGAUCCAGACAGAGUGAAGUGAAAUGUUGUGAAUAUUGGGAACUGAAAGAGGGAGCAGGUUACUUUUGGAGAUUUAGAUUGAGACCACCUUUGGACUUUUUUCUCCUUGUGUUGAAAAGGAUGACGUGGAAUUUAAACUGCUGUUGGAUCAAUAACACCAAAUCAAUUUCACAGGGGCGGUAUCUGUGACUCUAAAGUCUAUUUUUUUCUUCUCAAAGCAUGCCACGUUUGAGAUUACGCAUGAUGCGCUAAGGAGUUAUCCACCUCCUCUUCCUCACUCACAGCUGCUGCUCAGAGAAGCCCCGACAGAGAACUUCACAAACUUUUCCUUGUUGUGUGGAUCUAUUUUGUCACAUUAGAGUGUCUCGCCGCUGUCUGCCGCCCCAGCAGAGCAGGGCAGCAUGCUGGACUGACGUCUGAGGAAUGGCAUCGUCUGUGUUUGAAGGCACGUCUCUGGUCAACAUGUUUGUGCGGGACUGUUGGGUCAACGGGAUCCGGAGACUCAUCAUCAGCCAGCGGGGAGAGGAAGAGGACUUUUACGAGAUCAGGACGGAGUGGUCUGACAGGAACAUUUUAUACUUGCAUCGGAGUUACUCGGAUCUGGGGCGGCUCUUUAAAAGACUGGCGGAGUCCUUUCCUGAGGACAGAAGAGACCUCUCCAAGUCACCGCUGACAGAAGGUCUGGUAAAAAUCAAAGAGGCGAACGACAUUGAGGAGAAAUUGAACGAGGUGGAGAGACUGCUGAAGAAUGCGAUCAACAUGCCGUGCAAGUAUUCAAGGUCAGAGGUCAUGUUGACUUUCUUCGAACGAUCCCCACUGGACCAGGUGCUGAGGAACGACAAAGUCCACAGGAUCCAGCCGUGCUUUCAGAGUCCAAUCAAGAUAUCAGAAAUCAUGCGGUCCAAUGGAUUCUGUCUGGCCAACACGGAAACAAUCGUAUUUGAUCACAACCUUCCUGAAGAAAAAGAGAGGCCAUCAUCAACAGACUCUGUGGAACAUACGUAUGAUGAUGGAUCAGAGUUUUUGUCAAUGGAAGCAGACUUGUGUGAUGAGGACACAGAGGCAUAUGUCACCAACCUUUCCUACUACCAUCUGGUCCCAUUUGAAACGGACAUCCUGGAAUGAGGAAGUGAUACCUGUUGACAGACACAUGAGGCCAAUGUACUCUUAACUGGAACCCAGCUAUGCAAUGCUGCCAACGCAUAGCUGCUCCAAGGAAAUGCUGCUGCUGCUCAUUGUCUGCCACUUCAAGCAACAUCACCAGUGUGCCUCGUUCCAAGUCUUACUUAAGUGUGUCAUGAAAAGACAUAACAAGACUGCCUUUAGGCAAAAAAUGUAGGUCCUGAAAUCCUGCAAACAGAUGGAACCUUUUUAAAAACUCUGCAACCACAGUGAAGAGGGGAACAUGCCUAGCUAUAAAGAAGACAUUUACAGUGUUGGAAUGUUCAUUGUUACUUAAAAGCUUUCUUUUUCUAUGACAUGUUUUUAUGAUUUGCAAUCCAUUUGCAAAGCAUAUUGUCAUUUCAACUGUGCCUUGGUAAAGGUUUAUCAUCAGUGUUUUAUUCCUAUGGGAAAACAGGAAAUUGUCUAGAAGGGUUGGUUUGUUUGUUUUUUGUUCAUGGUGCAUUUCCACCAGCAUUUCAACACUUUUUUUCCAAGAGAAAGCCAGGAGAAUAAUUCUGGUUUCAUUGCUGUGGUAAUAGAGUUGGUUCUUUUGUUUGAGAGUACUUCAAGACCAAAUUGAAGAUAGACUCAAGCUUCAAAAUACCAAGUUAAGCUAAAAAACAAGGUAUAAGAAUAAUGUAUAGGCUCCAUUUUGGUCCAAAGUCCUCCAGAUUAAGCUCAAACCAAGACAUUUUCUUAAAACAUGUUUAUGAUGCAUUGUAAUGCAUCUGUUUUACUUGAUUCUUGGAGUACUUUCAAAUUAAAGGAUAUAACAAAAAGUUAGUGUAAUCAUCACUUUGUUGUGACACACUCUUUUCAAAUUGAGAUCCAAUGCUGCCUUUUUGUGUAUUUUUUUCAAAGUAGAAUGUAAUACGUGUAAGUCGUAUAGUUUGUACAGUAUUUUUGCUUAUUCUGGGUUCCUAAACCAUCAACCUAACUUAACAGAGCAUCAGUUUUGCCUUUAUUCUGGGUAUAACUGAACCGUCUCACUGCUCUUGUUGCCAUGAGAUACAGUGAUAAAACGGGGCAAAGAAAGCUUUGUUUUAUGGGUCAGUCCAGGUCACAUCUGAGCCGUCCUGUAAGAUGACGUGUGUGGGUUCACUGAGACAGCUGACUGUGGGAGUCUGCAGCUUGGUCUGCAAAACAAGUCCUCUCUUUAUGAAAAGAAAGACAAACGAUGGUGCUGUAGUAAAACUUUCUAUAGGAGAAGAGUGUGAAACGGGCAAACAGUUGAUUAAAAUUCAUGCCCUUUGUGUGUUUUAUGGGCCCUCCCACUAUGCUUCCACUUCUUUUAGUGCCUUUCAUGGAACUGUGGACCACAGCGGAGCAUUAAAUGUGUUUUGAAUGCAAGUGAAGGCUGAAAAACAUAUAUUUGUGCUGGGCUGGAUGUGAGGAGGUCUAUCUGUAUUCUUUGUUUUGACAGUUUGUUUAUGCAGAAGUCAAUGUUGCAUUACAUUGUGAGCUAACGGCGUGUGUCCAGUGUGUUUUUGCCCCCUUCAGAUACAAAGCCAUUCAACCCUCACAAACUUGGCACACGAGACUACAGCAGGAUGCUCCUCCACAUGAGUCUGUUUAGUAACACAGUCAUGAUCACCAUUCACCGCAUGAGAAAGUGCAGCUCUUUCUCAGGGUGCAAAACUUUUUCUUUGUUUACUUUCUGUUUCUUGUAGAAUUAGAUGAGUGAUAAGUUAUCUUUUGGAUUUAAAAUUUAAGUAGUAAAAGAGUUAACAGCACACAUAUUAGUUAUGAUAUGAUUAACUGAAAAGAAACUGAAUUAAGUUGUUAAAAUUUCUGCUUGAGUUCAUAUUUAAAUAUCAAAUGUGGAAUUCAUAGUCUACCUAAAAAUCCUUUCCCGGCUGGGUUUAUUCAUCGGCCAUGACAAAGCAGAUUGAGUGUGGGACGGACACAAUGCUUGUACUUCAAAUAAAGUGAUAUUUGACAACAUAUGAUUGAACCUUUGUACCAGCCAGAUGUGUGAGAUUCAGGGGAGGGGAGUGUAGAGGAUGUGAAAAUAAUUUAACAUAAAAUAUUAUAUUUAUUUUGUUAACUUCAUUAGAACUUUAUUGAGCUAACCAUUAUAUGCCUUGUGAUUUAAUUUUAUGCUAUCAUGAUUGAUCUUAGAUUUUUUUUUUGGAUGUUAUUGUGUCAAAAGGAUUGAAUGGAGAUAAAUGUUAAAAUUGAUGUUGUUGUGGUGACAUUUUUAUAACUCCUGAACCACUCAUACAGCAUUAGAUACACAUUAUCAGUAUCAGAGCUUCUCAAAUAAAUAUUUUCAAGAAAAAAAUUA